AAAUCAUCCAAAGUUCAAUCCAACUUAUAAUUUUUCCUAAUUUUCUCAUAAAAACCGCCUUUAAAAAUAAUUUUCUGUUAGUUUAUGUAAGAAAAAGUUGUAAAAAAUCACAAAUCAGUAAAAUUCCUGUCAAAAAAGGACCUCAAGUGUCCAAAUUCGAACAACAUACGGAACCCCCGUUGACGUAUCGCAACACAAAGGAACUCGGUGCUAUUCCAUUGUUAUCUUAUCAGCAUUUUUACAAUGCAUCUCCUACCGAAAUUCCUCAUAUUUUCAAUUUUCAUCACUUUCUGCUCUUCCACGGACUUGGCGGAUGACAAAAUCAAGCGAAAAUUGACUGCCGUUCUAAAUCCCGAUUGUCCUGCUGAAUUUUGCGGAUCCGAUAGAAAAAUCAACGUAAUGCACGUCACUGCCGACUCAGAUCGCGAUCGGAUCCACUAUUUGUGGAGUUUUGCGGGUAAACCGAGUUUCCUAAUGGCCUUUGGCGAUUUAAACUCCUCGAUGAGUAUUGACUGGGCGAGUUUUCUCGGAUUUUCUAAUGGCACGGAAAAAAGUGUUACAAUCACACCUGAACCGAAAUACGCUACAAUCACAGUUUUGAAUCAAAUUUUCGAGUUUAACGACCCUGCUGAUCAUGGCGAUUUUUUGAAUGUGACCGAUAAAAAUAUUCUGCCACUCGAUACGUCGCUGUUCGGGUACGAAUUUAAUGGAUCAACGGUGACACCAGAGUUUGUGGAGUUCAAAGUAAAAGCGACAAAGUAUCAUAAUACGCCAAAUAUCACGAAUAUCGGGGCAGUUAUCUAUACGGUGCAGUGUUACGGGGAUAAGGGUCACGGCGGAAAUUACCCGCAUCUCCUUCACAAUUCGAACAACACCCAAGUUGACGUCGUUUUUGAUCGUUUCAAGCAAAAAAAGAGCUUCAAAUCACCUCGACUCGCCAUUGAAAUGGCUUUUGCCACUACAGACACGAAAGACAGCAACGCCACAUUCCACAUAACGAAGCGCCGUACCCUAGAUGACGAACAUACGCCGGGAAUUUUUGAACUGGAUACUCUCGUAUCGCCUCACAGCUACAUCGAAUAUCGCCCCGUGAGCUACACAAAGCCCGUGCGAGACGUUUCCGACUCCACAGACACGCAUUUGUCGAAAAUCGUCGACGCCACGGACGAAUUCAUGUACAAAUCCUUGGUUUAUGCGUACUUUGGCUUCAACGAAAACCAUAUGUUAAAAUCCGUGAAUGUCAGUUUUGGGGCCGUCAACGAUGGUUUCUACAGUAAAACCAAUUAUACGUCAUUUGCAUUCCUAAUUGGACUUGGGCAACCCCCGACGGAGGAAUUAAGCCCUCUGGUGAUGGCAAUUACCUUUGUUGGUCUCGGAAUUCCUGCGGUUUUGUUCGUUUUGGGCGCAACGUGCAUCCUGGUGAAACGAGUUCGGACCUAUCGACGUCUCAAUUCCGGACUGGAGUAAAAUUUUCGCAGGAAUCUCACCUAAAAUUAGGCUCGUGAUAGUAAAAAAGUGACUUUCAACUAGAAUUUUUUUUAUGUAACGAAACAAACAAACAAAAAAAUAUAUUUUUUUCGUAUAAGAAGUAAUAAAGUAACCCCGUUAGAGUAAAAUUUUUGCGAAUUUAAUCA